AUGCGCCGCGCCCGGGCGCUGCUGCCGCUGCUGCUCUGCAGCCUGAGCGCGGCGCAGCCGCCCGACACGCAGGGCUAUUUGAUUGCUGCACCUUCUGUUUUCCGUGCUGGUGUUGAGGAAUCUAUAAGUGUGACUAUCUUUAACUCUGUUAAGGAGACAACAGUCCAGAUUCAGUUAGUGGUCAAAGGAGAAACUGUGUCACGAGGCCAUGGAACAGUUUUGGAUAAAGGGACCAUUAAACUGAAGGUGCCUUCAGGACUUCGUGGACAAGCACAUCUAAAAGUUUGGGGCAACCGGCAUGUGACAGAGGAGGGUUACAUUUUUCACAACUAUACCACAGUGACCAUCGACAGCAAAGGGUCCUCAGUGUUCAUCCAGACCGAUAAACCCGUCUAUAAACCCAAGCAGAAGGUGUUAAUAAAUCUCUUUAUGGUGACUUCUGACCUGAGACCAAUCAAUGACAGGAUUGAAGCUUAUGUGGUGGAUCCUCGGGGGUCUCGUAUGAUAGAGUGGGACAAUUUGAAGCCAUUUUGCUGUGGAAUUGUAAAUAUGAGUUUUCCUUUGUCUGACCAGCCAGUGUUUGGCGAGUGGCUCAUCUUUGCUGAAAUGCAGGGGCACACGUACAACAAGUCCUUUGAAGUUCAGAAAUACGUGUUACCGAAAUUUGAGUUGCUGAUUGAACCCCCUCGCUACAUCCGUGACCUUUCGACAUGUGAAAAGGGAACUGUCCAUGCCAGAUACACAUUUGGAAAACCGGUGACAGGAAAGCUAAUUGUCAAUAUGACUAUAAAUGGAGUGGGGUACUACAGGCAUGAAGUGGGACACCCUGUCCUCAAAACCACCCAGAUCGAUGGCUCUGCUGUUUUUGACGUGUGUGUGAAAGACAUGAUGCCAGCUGAUGUUCCAGAACAUUUUCGAGGCACAGUCAAUAUCUGGGCCACGGUGACGAGCUCUGAUGGGAGCAAACAGGUGACGUUUGACGACUCAACACCGGUUCAGAAACAACUGAUUGAUAUCAAGUACUCUAAGGAUACUAGGAAACAGUUCAAGCCUGGAUUACCUUACAAAGGAAAGGUAGAAGUCACCUAUCCUGAUGGAAGCCCAGCUAACAGAGUGACCAUCCGAAUCAAAGCUGAACUAACACCAAAGGACAACGUUUAUACAAGUGAACUGAUAUCGAGAAAUGGCCUCGUGGAGUUUGAAAUCCCUUCCAUUCCUACAGCUGCCCAAUAUGUCUGGCUGGAGACUAAAGUGACAGCGAUUGAUGGGAAACCAGCAGGGGACCAAUAUCUCCCGAACUAUUUGUCCAUCAGUAGCUGGUACUCACCUAGCAAGUGCCACAUCCAGCUCCAGGCACCAGAUAAGCCUUUCCAGGUAGGAGAGGAGGCUUGGAUUGCAGUGAAGUCCACGUGUCCUUGCAACUUCACUCUGCAUUAUGAAGUAGCAUCACGAGGCAACAUCGUCCUUUCAGGCUUGCAGCAUAGUAACGUCACCCAGCAGAGGAGCAAAAGAGCUACCAGUCCUUUUGAGAGGGAUGUAGAUGUUGUACGUUCCCUAGGAAUAGCACCCACCAGUAAUCCUGUAGCAGAGGUUGAAGUCUGCAUGACCUUCCUGCACUUCUCAGUAGUUCACAGCAUGGCUCCCUUUGGCCGUUUGCUGGUGUAUUACGUCAGGGAGAACGGAGAAGGGGUCACAGACAGCCUGCAGUUCACUGUCAAGUCCUCCUUUGAAAACCAGGUUGCRGUGACGCUCUCGGCAAAUGAGACCAGACCUGGUGAUGUUGUGAACAUCAAGGUCACAGCAGCCAAAUCGAGCUGUGUGUGCAUUGCCACCGUGGAUAAGAGUGUUUACUUGCUGAAGACUGGUUUUCAGCUGACAGCCAGCCAGGUUUUUCAAGAGCUUGCUGACUAUGACGUAUCUGAUGCUUUUGGAGCUCCCAAGGAGGAAGGGCAUUUCUGGUGGCCAGGCAUGUCCUCACGUAGACGACGUCGAUCUUCAGUCUUCCCCUGGCACUGGGACAUCACCAAGGAUGCUCGCUUUGCAUUUACAGAAACCGGCUUGGUUGUAAUGACUGAUAUAGUCAGCCUGAACCACAGGCAGAACGGCGGCAUGUACACAGAUGAGGCUGUCCCAGCUUUCCAGCCACAUACUGGGACCUUAGUGGCUACAAUGCAUUCUAAAAUUGCACCAAGAGCAGAGAAGAGGAAAAGAACCUUCUUUCCUGAAACGUGGAUUUGGCACUGCCUCAAUGUCAGUAACGUAUCAGGAGAAGCCCAGCUGCGAGUGGAAGUGCCAGACUCCAUCACGACAUGGAUAACUGAAGCUGUGGGUCUGUCUGAAGAGAAGGGCUUGGGCAUUGCCACUCAAACAGAACUGAAGACAUUCAAGCCUUUCUUCAUUGAUUUCACCUUGCCAUACCAUGUCAUCCGAGGAGAACAGACCAAAAUCCCAUUGACUGUCUACAAUUACUUAACUGUCUGUGUAGAGGUUCAUGUGAAGAUUUCAGUUCCAAAAGGCAUCAAGUUUGUUGGGCAUCCUGGGAAACACCACCUGACAAGAAAGAAGUGUGUUGCCCCCGGGGAAGCUAAACCCACCUCUAUCGUUUUGUCCUUCAAUGAGCUUGGACUGAGCAACAUCACUGCAAAAGCUUUUGCUUAUGGUGGAACUAAUUGCUGUCAAGAUGGGAUGCAGACCUUAAAGAACAGCAAGCACUCGGAGGACAAUUACAUGGAUAAAAGGACCCCAGUUGGGAUGGAUCAUGUUCGCAGUAGUGUUAUUAUUGAGCCAGAGGGAUUGUCAAGAGAAUACACCUACAGUGUGUUUUUCUGCCCAAAUGAGAAAAUUCACAUUUCUACGCCAAACAAAUAUGAGUACCAAUACAUGCAGAAACCUGCCCAGAUGACCCACUUUGACAUUGCUGUGAAAGCACACAAUGAUGCUCACCUGGCCUUGUCCUCUGGUCCAUAUGACAUGGCAGAGAUGACUGAGAUUGUUAUUGGUGGACAUCAAAAUACUAAAACAUGGAUUUCCACCAGCAAAAUGGGUGAGCCAGUGGUCAGCGCGGACACAACUGGUAUCCUCUCCUGGGAUGAAUUCCGCAGCUUCUGGAUCAGCUGGAAAAAUGGAAUUAUCCAGGUUGGCCAUGGUACUCGGGUGCUAAAUGAAUCUAUUAUUGUGGAGUGGACAGUCCCCAAACAGCUUGAGGUGAAGUACAUUGGCUUUUCCACAGGCUGGGGGUCAAUGGGAGAGUUUAAAAUAUGGAGAAAAGAAGAGACUGAUGAAAAUCACAAUGAAGCGUUUACUCUUGGAGUUCCCCACAACAUAAUUCCAGGAUCAGAAAGAGCUACAGCUUCAAUAAUAGGAGAUGUGAUGGGUCCUACCCUAAACAACUUGGACAAUCUUUUGCGAUUACCAUUUGGGUGCGGAGAGCAGAACAUGAUCCAUUUUGCUCCCAAUGUUUUCGUCCUGAAAUAUCUGCAGAAAACCAAGCAACUCAGCCAUGAAGUGGAGAGUGAAGCUACUGAUUACCUUGUUCAAGGCUACCAGCGCCAGCUGACCUACAAGAGACAAGAUGGUUCAUACAGCGCUUUUGGCGAGAGGGAUUCCUCGGGGAGCAUGUGGCUCACAGCUUUUGUCCUCAAGUCCUUUGCGCAGUCUCGUGGAUUUAUUUUCAUUGAUCCAAAAGAGCUAACAGCUGCAAAAGACUGGAUCAUCCAGCAUCAGAAAGAAGAUGGUUCUUUUCCAGCUAUGGGCCGGAUACUAAACAAGGAUAUUCAGGGUGGAAUCCAUGGUAAGAUCUCCCUGACAGCUUAUGUGGUCGCAGCUCUUCUGGAAACAGGCAUAACUUCUGAGGAAGAAGAAACAGCUGUUGCCAAAGCAAAGCACUUCUUGGAGUCCAACUUAUAUUCAGCAGAGGAUCCCUACACUACCGCCUUGACAGCGUAUGCCCUGACACUGCUGCACAGUCCUUCUGCCUCCGUGACGCUGCGCAAAAUGAACAGCAUGGCAAUUACCCAAGAGGGCUUUACACACUGGAGCUUGACAGGAACUCUGGUUACUGAUGAAGAUACCUUCAUGGGAUUUAACGACGGUCUCUCUCAAUCAGUUGUUUCUGCAGAAGUGGAAAUGACAUCUUAUGCUCUUCUGACGUACACGCUCCUAGGAGACGUGGCCUCUGCACUCCCGGUUGUUAAAUGGCUUUCACAGCAGAGAAAUGCACUUGGGGGGUUCUCAUCUACUCAGGAUACGUGUGUAGCCCUGCAGGCUCUGUCUGAAUAUGCAAUCCUUUCAUAUGUUGGAGGAGUCAACCUUACCAUUUCCUUGGCUUCUACUAAUCUGGACUACCAGGAGACAUUUGAGCUUAACAAAAUAAAUAAAAAAGUCCUCCAGACUGCAGUGAUUCCCAGUAUCCCGACGGGGCUGUUUGUGAGUGCCAAAGGUGAAGGCUGCUGCCUGAUGCAGAUUGAUGUCACUUACAAUGUGCCUGAUCCUAUUGCCAAACCAGCUUUUCAGCUCCUGGUUAACCUGAAGGAACCAAAGUCAGAGCAGCAUCUUCAGGCUCCAAAUCUCCUGCGGUCUGUSUCUCCAGAUGAAAAUCGCUCUGAAGCCUUGCACAGAGAGAGGACACUGGUGGAUGAUGAUGACCCAGCUUCGGAUCAGGAUCAUCAGGAAUAUAAAGUCAUACUGGAGACAUGCACAAGAUGGCUGCACUCUGGAUCCUCUAACAUGGCUGUCCUGGAAGUGCCCUUAUUCUCAGGGUUUCGUGCAGAUAUUGAGAGCCUAGAGCAGUUACUGAUGAACAAGCAAAUUGGAUUAAAAAGAUAUGAAGUUGAUGGAAGAAAAGUACUUUUUUACUUUGAUGAGAUUCCUAGCCAGUGUAUGACGUGUGUGAAGUUUCAAGCUUUCAGAGAGUACAUAGUUGGGAAAACAGCUCCUGUUCCCAUCAAAGUGUAUGAUUACUACGAGCCAGCUUUCGAAGCAACUCGUUUCUACAACGUGAGUGAAAACAGUCCCUUGGCUCGAGAGCUCUGUGACGGGCCAACAUGCAAUGAGGUGGAAAGCUCAGCUAGCCAAUGGGUUGGCUUUGUUCAUUCUGGACCAUGCAAUAACAUUUUUGGCUGCCUGGAAGAUGAGUAUUUUGAGCAAUGCAUGUGCUCACGAGACUGUGGCUAUGACGGGGAGCCUGUUUGUGGAUCAGAUGGACUGAUUUAUCAGAACCAUUGCCAGAUGGAAGUAGCAUCGUGCAGGAAUAAUACAAGGAUAGAACAGGUCCCCAUGUCUCAAUGUUCUGCCUCCAAGAAUUUGCCAGAAGAAAGGGAGACCCACUUCCUCACAGUUGAGCAACCCAGCGUUCAACAAACUGCAGCAGCAGAGGAAGGCCCUCCGCUACAGUCAGAUCUGUCCUAUUACUCCUACGAAUACGACCCAGACCCCUAUGCCUCUGAAGCCGACGUUUUUGAGGUGGUGGCAGAACUGACGACAGCAAGCACGUUAAAAGAAGCAGARCGGAUUCAGGAAGUAGUGACCACAGUAGAAUGAAAUAUAUAAUUUAAAUGAAAAGAAGAGGCUUGGGAUGAACUCUUGGAUGAGUUUGUUCCCACAGAUGACCUGCUGCAGAACAGAAACCAAAUGAUGACUACUUCCUGCUGCCCUCAGAACUGUAGGCUUUGUUGCCCCAUGGCGGGAAUCUGGAGCUCUAGGGGGGACACUCAGCAUUAUUUUUGUCAGCUUUCCUGCCUUUUGUGCAUCACCUUAGGGGUGUUUCCAAGGAUGUGAGACCAGUAUGCUGUUCCCCUUUAGGCGAGAAAAAUAGGGGCUGGAAUUUGAAUCUUUAGGCCGUUUUGAAAUGUUUUCUCUGUUUCCAAUAUUCUACAAAGGCCAUUUCCUAGCUCCACUUAGCAGCUAAGUCCAAGGCCUUGUGCUUAACUGAACUGCUGUUUGAGGAAAGAUGGCUGAGAAGUUUUCUCUCAAAUUAUUAUUAUAAUAAAAGUCAGUGUUUYGCUAAUUGCAACAUAGCAAGAGGCUAAUCAUCUUCCCCAGCCCACAAGCCCACUGUACCCAGAGCACUGUCUCGCAAGAGAAAGACUUUCCCAAUGCCUCCAUGUUCAUCAAGGUUGUUUGGAGGGCCAUUUCACAAGAGAAAUGAAAUCUCCUGUCAGACUGACAGGGCUGGAAAGGGCUUUUCAGGUUUUGGCAGGCAGGUUGUGAGCCAAAGCAGCAACGAGGAUCAGGCAGGUGAGCCCCUUCGUGUUGCAUUACCACGUGCUGGUGAGGAGGAGGCUGCAUGCAGCCUUCUCAGCCCUGCAACCCGCUUUCCUCCUUGUCACCCUGGCAGGACAACACAACUGACCCAAGGCAGACUCCUGUUAAACACUUGCCCCGUUUCACCAAUCACGUUUAUUCUGCUCCCACCAGGGCCCUCCUGUGAUGGUGCUUCUGGAUGUGGUUGACUCUGUGCAUAGUCCAUAUGGCCCUGGGUCUGCUGGCCAGUGCAAACCACUCUGGUGUCACAGAGGCUGGACUCCCACAGCGUGACCUGCCCCAAGCCAUGUGGUGAAAUGAGAAACAAAAGCUUUAUGUCUCCCAAAUUUGGGGAGCCAACAUUUUUUGGUUUCCCUUCUUGCCUGGAGCAGCAGCAUCCUCUUUGGAGGAGUUGCAUGAAAUUGCCUGUUGCAAAACAGUGUUAAUAUUUUAUCCUCCCGCUUCUAUUGUUACCAAGACCCAGAGUGGGGUGGAAACUUCGUUUGAGAGUGUUUAUUGGUGAAUGGAAACAGGAAAAAGCCCAACUCCAUUCAUUUUUAGGGCUUAUUUACACAGGAACCAUGACAAAAUUAUAUCCCAGUACAGACAUUCCAUUCCAGAAUAAAAGCAAUUUUAUUCCAGAAAAAUGUCCACAUGGGGACCAAACAGGAGGUAUCCCAGAAGCUGGGUAUAUGUAGCUUGCAGUCUUUUUUUCUGGGGCCAGCUAUUUGCAGAAUGUAGCUGUCAAGAUGAAGGUCUGGGUCUUGAAAUUCCCAGAAAUUUCAGAGCUGCUUUUCUGGCAAGCUUUCAGGCCUUCUUUCACGGCUCCUCUGAGCUCUCCUCGCAGAACCCUGAUGUGGCUGCUGCCCCUGUGUACCCGCUGCUUCUCAGCAGAGGCUCUGGCCACGUCUCUUCAGUGUGCGGGAACAGACCACGUCCUCGCUGUGUCCCCACAGCACAGCGGAAGCGCUGGCGGCCGCAUUCCUCUCUGGCAGGUAAAUAAAUGCCUUUAAACUAAAUUCCAUCUCCAUGUAAGCAACGGGUCUGGCAGAUGCUGGCUAUUGUGUACACACACAGGCCUGAGUCAAUAUUUAUGCUCGGAGUAAAUAACAGACCUAGUGUAAGAUGCAACAAGAUUUUUUAAAUUUUCCCCUAAACAACCAAGCUGUGCAGCACAAGCCCUGCUGUUUGCUGGUUCAAACCUCAGUUGUUUAUCCUUGGAGUCUGGGAGAUGGAGACAUUUAGUCACCCUGCUAGUGUCCGUGUGACUAGCUUUCCCCUGAAGAUAGGACCUAAGCUCUUUGUUCUCAAACCUCCUGUCAUUAGUUCCUUUCUGGCUUUAGUUUCCUUGUCUCAGCCUUGUCUUGGGUUUUAAAUAGAUCUUUGAAGUCAUUUUAUAUUGCUUGGUCCUCUCGGAUCCUUGGAUAGUCAGACAGCAUCACCACUGGGGACAAGGAGAUGAAGGUAGGGAGCUUCAGCCGAGCACUAAUUUCAGUUUCCUUCAUUUUGGGCUUUGUUACUGUGAUGUACCAGUUCAAGCUUCAAACGUUUUCCCCUGAAAAUACUGAAUAAUUUUUUCUUGUGGUACCAGCCUUGUUCUGCAAGGUCCCUUUGUAUCCAUGCACUAACCUGCUUGGGUCAGGAGAGUCUUGCCUCUUUUAUCACCAGAGGAAUCGCCAGAGAGACGUGGGUUCUCCAGAAGAAUGAGGCAMAGCAGGCUUAGCAUGUGGUUAAGUGCAAGUGGUUAGAGGAGGACACACGAGCUCUGGUGCCAGAGCAAUUUUGGAAUUGUGGAUGCCCCUCUUCCUCUAUCACAAGCACAAGGACAUCUCAGCASUGAAAACUUGGGCUUUAAUUUUGGGAACAUCAGCCCUUCAUAGUUUGGGGAAAAGGCAUUGAUAGGUCUGUGUUUUUUUUCGCCAAGGAGGAGAAUUUGAUGGUGGAGAGCCAGCCAGAACGGCCARGCUGCUGCUCCUUUGGGCUUUGAAUUGUUUCUGUCUUGGACAUGCUUGCCUGCCUUUGUCAGAGAGAUGCUUCUCCUUUCCUUUCUCUGAUGGUCCCUCAUUUCAAAAGGAGAAAAGUGCCAAUAAGUUUGUAUGACACAGAGAUUUCUACUUGCAUCACGUUAUGUUACUGACUAGCUGCAGCAGUGCUAGUUACCAGCGAUUUUUGCUUGCAAUCCUUUUGAUGAAAUGAAUAUUUAUAUUUGUAACUGUACAUUAUGCAGAGUAAUCAUUGCCAUGAUAUUUAUUUUAAAGUAUUAGUUUCCUUGUCCAUUCUUGUCCGUGUGUUUUGAUCUUGUCCCUCUUCCUCCUUAAUGAUCCUCAGUAGAAAACAAGUA